AUGGUAGCAGCUCCGAUCGCGAGAGUAGCGUCAAAGGCGGUUCGCCGUUCAGCUCCGUCGGCUGUUCGAGCACACUCGACCUCGUCCGGUUCCAAGGUCACCACCGCUCCCAUUCCCGCAAAGGAGUCAGCAAGUCGCAACGGCGUUCGUUAUGCUACGACUGCAGCAGCUGUGACGGCCGUCGCUCUCACCACAUGGUAUGCUACUACCUCACCUCUGCAUGCCGAGGCGGCUCCCUCUGUUGCUACCAAUGGCGACAUCACAGUCACCACCAUGUCGCAGCAGGAUCAGAUGCGCCAACGAGCACACCUGCAGGGCGUCUACGCAUGGGGCUCGAAUCGCUACAACGUCGUCGCCCCGGAUGCUCCGCAGGUAACCCUCAUUCGCUCGCCUCGGUCGAUUCCCUUCUUCGAUGGGGUUGCGCUGCGGGACAUCAACUUGAAGGAGAAGCACGGCGUAGCAGUGGACGCCAACGGCGACGUCUACCAGUGGGGUCUCGGAUUCUUCGAUCCAGCGGUCCUUGAGCCGACUGCUAUCGAGGAUGUUCCACUCGGUCGUCGAAGAGAGAAAGCCGGUGCCAAUCUCACCGCUCCUCGUGGUAGCACAGCCAGCCUGGUGCUCAACCCAGUCAAGACGCUCACCGGUAAGAACAUUGUCAAGAUCGAAGCGACCGAGGAGAAGAUCUACGCUCUGUCCAAGGACGGCCACAUCUACGUCUUCUCGGCUGUUCAGCAACUUCAAGCCACGCCAAAGUACCCGGGCUGGUCACCCAACCCGCUCAAGCUUUUCAACGCCUUUGCUGGCGCCGACAUCGAUCACGAGGUCCUUCACCCUGCUCCCUCCGCACACUGGGGCAGCACGGAGAAGGUCCACGACAUCAUCGUCGGGGACCACCACCUGCUGAGCGUCUCCAACAAGGGCCGUACCUUUGCGACCCCAAUCAGCGAAGAGGGCAAUGCAUUCGGUCAGCUCGGCACCCGUCGUGUUUGGCUCAACGCUCCCAAGACACCCGACAGCAAGGCAGGGCACGUCGAGACGCUUCUCGAGCCACGUGUGUUCGCUGAGCUAGAAGAGAACCACGGUGGCCGUCCAGUCUCGACCCUCGUCCCGGAGGGCUGGCUGCCCGCACCCACUUCCGAGACGAACCGCACUACGAAGCCUCGAGCUAGGUCCGAGCCAGCGUUCGAGACCAGCACCGACCCAGCGCCACCGCCCAAGCCCCUCGCAGAGCCCGUCGGCAGCAUCCGAUGGUGCACCACCCUCCACGAGAUCCCCGCUCUCCGCAACAUCAAUGUUGUCCAGAUCGCCGCCGGCAACGAGCACUCGCUUGCCCGCACGCACGACGGACGCGUCCUCGCAUGGGGCCGUCACACGCACGGUCAAUGCGGUCUCGGACCCAGCUUCAGCAUGGAGUGUGUUCCAGUCCCGACCGAGGUUGUUCUCAGCCGUUCGUUCCCCAACAGCUCAAUGGAUGUGCGCGCGAGCUCCAUCGCUGCGGGCGCAGACAACUCGUUCUUCAUGACUACGCGUCGCGAAUCGAGCGGUGGUGGCAUCGGGAUGAAGAUCGACCUGCUCUCCUCGGGCAAAGGCCAGUGGGGUACGAUCGGAAACGCCAUGUGGAGCCAGGUCGUCUCACAGCCUUCGCGCGUCAAGACGGUUUCCGGGCUGAUGGAGUUCUCUGAGGCCUCGGGGAUGACGCACCCGGUGCCGAUCCACAGCAUUAGCGUGGGUAAGCCGGGUCACGUCGCGCUGGUUCUCGACACAGUCGAGUCUGCAGGCCACCUUGCCUUCGGCCGCGACGUCAUGGUCUGGGGCGCCAACGCAGGGUUCCAACUCGGCCUCAGCAAGCGCUCCAACCUUGCGGUGCCACAGCAUCUCAAACCUCUUCCCGCCCUGACAGCGAUCGCAGGCGGCAACAUCAUCUCGGAGCAGGACGGACUGGUGGUCAACCCCGCCAAAGCAGCAGCCAUGUCGGUAGCAACACUACCAACGGCAGACGCGAAGUUGAGGGAGGCAGAUAUCAACUCGGGCGCGCUAACACACAUGCCACACAACCGGCUGCAGCUCGCGUCCAAGACCAAGGCGGAUACGCGGCUGCCACCGAGUAUCGCCGCGAAGGAUCAGCUCGCAGCACCAGGUGCAGGCUCAGCCGCAGCGGCUCAGCAGGGAAAGACAAAAAAGGGUUUGACCGUCGAGGAGAGCAUCAAGGCGGGCACGGUGAGCACGGUUGUGUAUUGGAAGAUCAUCGAAUAG